UUAUUCAGGGAUCCGACAGGAUCCUGUUGGGUAGUUUCGCCCUGGGUGGUAAUAAAAUAGAUUACACAAAAAAAAAAAAAGAAAAGUGUCAAUAACAAAAAUAAUUUUUCUAUUUAGAUCAAUUAUAUGGUUUAGAAAAAUUCUGGGCAUUUUUAAAAUAUUCUCGACAAAAACCAAAAAUCAAUCCAAAACUUGAAGAAAUUUUAAAAAACUAUAAAAAUCUUGAAGAUUUUCGUGUUGAUGGUGCAUCAUUUUCACGACAAUUUUUUCCAACAAAGUCAAAUUAUAAAGAAUUUAGUGUUUUAGGAAGAAUUGAUAUUGGUUUAGCUAUUGGUGGUGGUGUGAUUAAUUCUAUACUUUUUAAUGUUGAUGGUGGUCAUCGAGAUGUUAUUUUUGAUCGUUUUCAAAGUGUUAAACUAGAUGUUAUUGAAGAAGGAACUCAUUUUAUGAUUUCAUGGCUUCAUAGACCAAUUAUAUUUGAUAUUCGUACACGACCACGAUCUGUUCCAUCAAUAACAGAAAUAAAAGAUUUACAAACAAUUAAUAUAACAUUACGUAUUCUUUAUCGACCAAGAGCUGAACUUUUACCAAAAAUUUGUUGCAAAUUUGGUUUUAAAAUCUGUUGUACUAAGUCUCAAUUUGAUGCUAUUGAAUUGAUUACACAACGUACACUUAUUUCUCAACGUAUUAGUGAAUUAUUAAUAGAACGUGCUGCUCAAUUUGGUUUAUUACUUGAUGAUAUUUCAACUAGGCAUUUAAGUUUUGAACCUGAACUGACAAGCGCUGUUGAAUUAAAACAAGUUGCACAACAAGAUGUUGAAAAACAACGAUUUUUAGUCGAAAAAAUGGAACAAUGUCGUCAAGCAAAUGUUAUUGCAGAAGAAGGUGAUACUCGUACAGCUGAUUUAAUUGGCAAAGCUUUAGAUGAAGCUGAUGAUGAUUUGAUCGAACUUCGACGAUUUGAAGCCGCUGAAGGUACUGCAAAUCAAUUAUCAAAAUCAAGAAAUACCGUCUAUUUACCACAUGGUCCUCAAAUAUUACUUAACAUUAUUGACGAAAAAGAAGAUCAGAUCAGCAAUUCUCUAGAUGACAUUAAAGAUUCGAGUACGAUUGAAAUGAUGAAUUUCGAUAAUCUCUUUCGACGUUUUAUAUUAAUUCAAUCAUUUGUGCGUGGUUGGGGAAAUCCAUUUCAUUUACAAGAAAUUUUUACCUAUCGACGUGAAAAAAUUGGUAAACAAAAAGAUAAUCAAAAUUAUAUAAAUGCUCGAUUUCGUUCACCACUUACCAAUUAUUUAUCACAUUUGGUUUCAUCUCAAGUAGCUACAGCUCAUUUUCAACUUGUUUUAUCACGUGAUCAAGGUUCAAUUCUUCUUGAAAAUCCAUAUUAUGGUUUAAGAAAACAACCAGAUCUACUUUAUUGGUGUCAAAAAAUGAAAUUAACAUCAGCUAUUCUACAUGGUUUUUCUCUUGGUGAACAUAUGGCUUCAUUAGCAUUUACAAAAUGGUCUGAUCUACCUUCUCGACAAUUCUAUGAAAAUAAAGCCUUUCAAACAUUUUAUGAUUAUUUAUGUGAACGAAAUCGAUCAAUAGAUUCAAAUAAAAUUGUUCUCGAUCUUAUUAAAGAUAUGAUGCGUCUUCUUAUGGAUGAAUUUACAUCUUUAUAUAAUUAUUCAUGUUUGAUAUAUUCCUCAUGGACAUGA